UCGCCAGUGGUUGGCCUACCUCAGUUUACGAUGAGCUCUCUCCCUCUCCCUCCCUUCCCUCCCUCCUGUAACACCUGAAAGGGUCCCAGUGUAUGAAUGAAUGUGGGUGCUGGAGUGGUUCGCUUGACACAGGUUAUCAUACAGUACGCAAGGGAAGGCAGUGUGCCAAAACGCUAUCUGUGUGUCUGUCAUACGCACUUGUGGAUAUAUGUUGUGGCUGGAUGUAAACCAGUUCAGGGAGAAUAUGUGGGAUUUUCAUAUUUGAAAACGUUUGAGAUUUGGAUGCUUCCUGCAGUACACAAGUGACUGAACUGUGAUACAUUUGCCAAUCUACAUCGUUGCUCAACUAUGAAACACCACCACCAUUAUCUGCAUAUCAACACUAUUGGAUUCAAUUUGGUCUUGCCAUAAGCCAGAAGAUAGAGGUGUCCUUGUUAGUAUGAGGUGCUAAUUGCAUGUGAAUCAUGAUGUUCAGUGCCAAAAUGUCACAUUACGGAAUGUUCCUGUUAAAUCUUGUGCUUCUGGCACUGGUCCUACCCAGAUGCCUUGGCUUCUCCCUAGAUGGUUCAGCAGGGUCUUAUGCAAAAUUUCCUGGCUGGGAACCAUGCUUAAAUGGAACUCUUAAUUUUGAAUUUCAAACAGAUCGUCCAAAUGCAUUGCUAUUUUAUUUUGACAGUGGCCAAAAGAAGUACUUGGAGCUUAAACUUGUUGACGGGAUUGCCAAAUUGAAAGUUAAUUUUGGCAAAGGACUUGUCAUAUUAUCUGCUGGGUCAAAUUUGAAUGAUAAUGCUUGGCACAAAGUAGAGAUUAUUCGAAAUAAUUUGGACACUACAUUAAUGGUGGACUCAAUUGAAUUCAGAAGAAAAUCAUUAGGAGUUGAUUUCGAUUCAGAGAAUGUUACUGAAGAUAGAUUCUUAUUCAUGGGUGGAUUACCUGAAGAAUAUGAUCGUGAACUCUCAAAACUGUCACUUCCAUCAGUCCUCUUUGAACCAAAGUUCCGUGGGUCUAUUCGGAAUGUGUUUUAUAGUAAUUGUGGUGCUCUACCUGAAAGGCCAGAAAUGAUCGAUUCACAAGGAAUUCUGGGUAAUGAAGCCGAUUUAUGCGAGCAAGGGAACCCCUGUUUAAACAGUGGAUCCUGUCUGACAACUGAUCAUGGCCUUGUAUGUGACUGUACACGUACAGAGUUUCAAGGAGAGAGAUGUGAAAUUGAGAAGAUUCCAUCGGAUGCCACAUUCCUGGGAGCACAGUAUUUUAGUUAUGAGCUAGUUAGUAGAGGUGACCCCAUUGUCAGCAACAGUGAUGAAUUGCAGUUGGAUUUUAGGACAAAACAAGUCAAUGGAAUACUGUUUUUCACAGGUGAUCUAAAAGAUUACUUGAAUGUAGCCGUACGAGAUGGUGGAAUAAUUGUUACAAUCAAUCUGGGCUCAGGGGCUUACGAAGCUGAAGUCCGACCAAGUCAUGUGCGCUUUGAUGAUGGCCGCUGGCACCACCUCGUGGUCAGAAGAGAAGCAAGGGAGCUUACUAGGGACAAAGGGGUUUGCUUUAUCUCAGUUGAAGUGGAUGGUGUCCAUAGAAAGUCCGGCAGCACAACUGGCCAGUUCACCUUAUUGUCCAGCAGUCUCCUCUAUGUUGGAGGGAGCCCCAACACUGCCACGCUGGUCGGCUCAAGGGUCACCCAGAACUUCAAAGGAUGUAUGCGAAAGGUACGAUACAAGGCCGACACUAUCGACCUUGACCUUACAGAGCUGGCCAAAACAGACCAUGGACUAAUAACAGUUCAUGGUGGUGUCAUCUUCAACAAGUGUCAGGAGCUGGUGGAAUCACAUCCAAUAACCUUCACAUCACCAAACUCAAUCCUCACGCUCCCUACAUGGGACGUCAGGGACAGGAGAGGCUCCAUUGCCUUCCAGUUCCAGACAACAGAAUCCAAUGGUGUGAUCAUGUUCAAUCCUGGCCCUGAUGGACAUACAGACUUCUUUGCUGUGGAGAUGCUGGAUGGUCACUUGUAUAUGAUUGUUGACCUUGGAUCUGGAUCAAAGAAGGUCAAGGCCAGUCGGAAUCCAGUCAGUGAUGGCAAUCCACAUGAAGUUUACAUUGAUUAUCAGGGUCCACAAGGGUACAUAACUCUUGACGGACAGAAGGAGUCCUAUUACGCUGAUGGGAAAGAUGUUGAUUUGACCUUGUCUGGAAUAUUCUACUUAGGUGGAAUAAGCAGAAACCAUGAUUCAACCAAACUACCACAUUCCAUGUGGGCAGGCAUGCUUCGGCAUGGCUUUGUUGGAUGUCUCCAAGAUUUGGUUAUCAAUGGUAACAAAGUUGACCUGGUCGCGAAGGCAAGAGCUCAGCGUGCGCAGGGAAUUGCUGAAUACUGUCACCGUAUGGAGCCUCAGUGUGCCAGUCAUCCAUGUAUGCAUCGAGGAAAGUGUCUGGAAGGAUGGAACAGAUUCGUCUGUGACUGUAGAUCUACAGGCUUCAAUGGAGAUGUCUGCCAGAUAGCUGCCACUAGUCUGCGCUUUGAUGGCACUCAGUAUGUCAAGGUCAAGUUCCCAGAAGAGUCAUCAACAGAAGCUGAAGACAUUUCGAUGCGAUUCCACACAAUGCAUCCCAAUGGACUGCUGUUCAUGACGACCUCAGACAAAACAUCAGACAGGAUGGAGCUAUACCUUGAGGCUGGGGCUCUGGAACUAAGGGUUGAUGUUGGCAGUGGCACUAAGGAACUGACAGUUGGAAGUGUACUGAACGAUGACCGUUGGCAUACUGUUGUCAUCAAACGUCGAGCUCAGACUAUUGAACUUGGUAUUGACGCUCACAGACCAGUUACAGACCAACUCCCAGGACAGGAGACAUCCUUAGAUUCCAACGUCAUUUACAUUGGCUCUCUAGAGCCACUUACUGCUGCUGACAUGGGGGGAAGAGUUCAGGAUCUAGACUUCCGCAGCAUCAAGAUCGGCCACAUGAUGCUGGACGACAACUCCCUCGGGGACUACUCGGGCUUCAUCGGAUCUAUGCAACAAUUCCUCUUUAACAAGAAUGCAUUCUUUGAGCUUGCUAAAAUAGGAGAUAUAGAAAACAUUGUAGUGACGGCUAGGUUUAGCACUGACGACUAUGUUGUGAGGGACCCGGUGACCUUCAAAUCCGCAUCUGCAUUUGCAACCUUAAAUCAGCUUCAAGCGUAUGAGGAUUUUUCAUUGUCAUUUCAAUUCAAAACAACUGAAGCCUAUGGAUUAUUGUUUUAUAAUUCUGGCAGAGGGCAGGAUUUCUUUGCCAUAGAAAUGUCUGAAGGAUAUCUGUAUUAUGUGUACAAUAUGGGUGAUGGUUCCGAACGGAUACGGGCGAACUCCAAGUCGGUGUUGAAUGACAACAAAUGGCAUGAGGUGAAGUUGUUGAGGCCACAAACAUACAAGCAGCUGAUCAGGGUGGACGACAAUACCCCAACUGUGGAUAACCUACAAGGAGCCCAUGCUGUUAACUUCAAUUUGGAAGGACAUUUGUACGUGGGUGGAGUUAGGAAGACAAUGUACCACUCUCUGCCGAAAAAUAUCAAGUCUCGCCAUGGAUUCCUCGGAUGUUUAGGUUCUUUAGAUUUGAACAGUUACUUGCCGCAGUUGGUGAAGGAGGCAGACACUAUACAUGAGUCUGUGGUAGAAGGAUGCAAAGGCCCCACGACCCAGUGUCAGACUGACUCAUGCUCCAACUACGGCCGCUGUGUCCAGCAGUGGAACUCCUACAACACUGGGGCUAUUAAUCAAGCUAAAGAAGACUUGAAUUUAAGUGUUCCAUAUUUGCCUGAACUUGGAAGAAAAAAUGUAUGGAAGGACAUGUUUGGACAAGCAGGCAAAAAGGUGAUGGCACAGGCUGAUAAGAGGCUGCUGCUGAGCACGUCCUAUGAGUUUGGUCCUAACGGUGGCAUGGUGAUCUUGUCCCACCCUCCUGGAAAACAUCCUAAUGCAAUCCGGGACAACUUAGCCCUGGGCUUCAGAACACGGUCAAAGGAUGCUGUGCUCGUCAGAAUAAACAGUGGAAACUAUGAUGAUUACCUAGAACUGGAACUGGUAAAUGGAAAUGUGUUCGUGGUGUACAACAUGGGGACAUCAGACCAUCCAAUAGGAGAACUGUUUGAGAGUGUAAAUGAUGGAAAAUAUCACAUAGUCAGGUUUACAAGAAAUGGCGCCAACUCGACCAUCCAAGUUGAUAAUGCCAUGAUGCAGACAAAGAACCCCCGAGGCACUCAGCUUGGAAGUGUUCAGCGACUGGGGACGAUAAGGUGGAAAAGCGAGACAAAGAUGGAAACGCUUAUCAAAUCCUUUGAAGGCACAAUAUCAGGUCUUGUCCUGAAUAGUAUGAGGAUACUUGACCUAGCCAAGGAAGGGAAUUCCAGGAUUACUAUAAAAGGCGAUGUGCGGCUUGUGGAGGAAGAUAAUGAAAGCAGAAAGGAGUCUAAGAAGAAUAAAAAUAGGAACACAAUACCAGACGAGUCGGAAAUGCAAUCAACUAUGGGGUUCAGGCAAACGACACCAAAGCUUGGCGUGACAGAUGACAUAAUAUUUUCUGGAUCAGGACCAGGCUGCCACAGUGAUGACGAAGAUGAUUGCACCUCAGUUGGCUCUGGCACAGAGGACGACAUCAUCACUCCAACUAUUAUCAUCAAAACUACACCAGCACCACCAACAACCAACGAAAAAAAUAAAUAUCCACUUACCUUCCUCUUCAGACCAACUUGGAAAACACCAUGCGUUGGGUCCAAAUGUCCAAGACCACGGACAGAAGAGGUUAUGAGUUCAACGUCCAACCGGGGAACAAGCCUAGACCCUGAGGGUAAUGAUGGUGGCAACACAGGCCUUCAUCCAACAGGGGAGACAAGCGGGGGCUCAGUAGCCAACAAUGGAGGUGGUACUCCUGUCAACAUCGGUCUCAUCAUUGGAAUAGCAGCAGGAGUUCUGGUUGCUAUUCUCAUAUUAAUAUUUGCACUGUACAAAUUUCGGAGUCGAGACGAAGGAACAUACAAAGUGGAUGAAAGUCAGAACUUUUCCUAUCUGGAAUCUAAAAAGCAACAAGGCAAUGGAGCUUUGUUAGGUAAAGGAGAAGAGACUGGCAAAAGAGGGAAGAAGAAGGAUGUUAAAGAAUGGUAUGUCUGAGAGGAGAAUCAGUCCCAGUUCCUUGCCAACAUUCUUGGAGUGGUAAAGAAUGUCAUAAGUUGUGAUAAGAAGGAUGAUGUCAUAAAAAUGACUUGUCCCAGUUUUAUCAGACUGUUCUUAUGUUGGUAGUAGAAUCGUUCAAGGAAGGAUUGACUGAUGGUUGACGAGUUCACUUCUCAUGCAAAACUAACAAAUUGUAAGACAAGAACUUCAUCUACAAAUUGAGUGUGAGAUACUCAGAUUUGUAGUCAUGAAGAUUGCUUCUUGGAGAAAAUUGAAGGAAACAGUGCGAGUGGAUUAAUUCAGUUAUGAUUGCACCUAAUGGAACGAAACAGCUCCAUUGCAAAAACUGACCAUAAUCUGAUAUAUCAUUAUGUGGGCAUAUGUGUUCAUACUACUUACAAGAUACAGAUAAUUGCUCACAUGUAUAUCAAAGUGCAUUGCUUGUGAAUAGGAAUGAAGGUGGACAUGUUCAGUGUUGAAGGAGGAAGGGAUGUGCAUGACUGGUGAGAGGACUCCGGCUGGCAAGUUUAGGGAGCAGUUGUCUCCCUUGUUGUAUCCUGACAAUUCCUCCAUGCCAUACAUGUUGAUUGCAAAUGUGAUCCGAAAAAUGAGUGAACGCGGUGCUGAGGUCUUGACCUUCAGGUCAUAAACAUGACCUAUCCUUGUAGACUCGUUAACUAAUCCAAAUCUGCUGUGAGGUGCAUCAGUGUACUUGAGAGAUUUAUGGAAAUUUAUCUACCUUAAUUUGAUUAUUGUAAAAACACUCUUGGUUGUUACAUUGAAAACAUAUUCAAAUCUCUCUUGCUGUAUCGUCUUGUCACUGCGUUAAGGUGUUAUACUAGUUUUGAUUUACCAUAUAAGUUAUUCUGUUAACUAUCAGGUAUAAAGCAUUAAAUUCUUUUAUAAGGAGAUUAGGAAACUAGUUUUACUUUCAGUAUAUUACAAAUACCUUUGUAUGCAGCUAUACAAUAUUUUUUGUCUGAAGUUGUAACAACCUUGAGGUGUUUUGCUAUAAUCUAUUCUCAGGUACUCUCAAGGAAAUAUUCAUAUUAACAAAGGAUGCAAAAACAUUUUGCAUUAUAGAUAUCCCAUAACACCUUAUAGGCAAGAAUAUUGACUAUUGCACUUAUCUAAUUAACAAGUUUUGUUGAAUUUUGUUUUUGUUUGAUGUUAGUGGUUGAUACUACGUGUACUGAGAACAUCCAUAAAGUGCUCUGGAGUUCAGUUAUAUUUUCUGUUUUGAUGACAGAACACUAAUUGGGAACAAAUGAUGAAAAUAUUGACUAUACUAAUGUAACCUUCAAAUGUCAUAUUAUUCUUUUGUUUCAACUAAAUCAAAAUAUUUGUUUAAUAUUAUGUUCUACACAAUGUUUUUUAUAUGAUCAGUUCUUGAAUUUCCUCUUUUUUUCUGCAUUUACAUAAUUUUAUUGCAUGACUUGCUGACAUUUUAGAUACUACAUUAUAAACAACCAAGUGAAGGGUGUUAUAUUCUGUCUCCUUAUUAGGAUAUUAAGUAUUGGGUCCUUGUUCAAAUCAUCAAUAGAAUGAUUGUACAAUUACCUCAGAUAUGGAUCUACUUUAUGUCUUAAGGAAGCAAUAUUGUAGGUACAGCAAAUUAAGAUUGUUAUUGUAAACGUCAUAUUUCAGAGACCAUAUUAUUAGAUGAUCAUCUAAUUGUUUUAUAAAGUAUUUAAAACAGUUAAAAUAUUAUUACAUUUUGUUGUAUUAUUGAAACUAACAUUCACAAAUUUAAGCAACUGUAAUACAAACCUUGCAUAAUUUUUGUGUGAGAGCUUUAAAAAGUUGUGAAUUUAUUUUCAUAAUGUGUAUUCAAUCAUUUACUCUUGAGUGAUACUGAAUAAUAUUCCAUUUUUCUGACAAUACCAAUGCAUUCCAAAAUGAUAUUAGUCUUUUGAUAAAGAAUAUGUCUGAUAUUGUUUCCAAAGAAUUGAAAUGAACAACGUAAUACAGUGUUUGAUGGUUUUAACCACCUUUAUAAUUAUUUUCAAGGAAUCUUUCUUUGAUGGAUAUCUUAUCAGACACGUAAACUGAGGUUUUUAUUGUUGCAAAGAGUAAAUUUCAACAAUCCAUUUCGAACAAAUCAACAAUAUAUUUUCAGGAUUUAAUACCAAUUAAUAAUAUUCAAUUUCAAUCAGUUCUUUAAAAUGUUUAUUACUAGUUGUGAUUUUACAGUGAUGAAUGCGCCAUUCAAAACUGACUGUUUAACAGUAUUUGUAAAUAUCAAUAUCACAAUUUUUGUCCUUUCAUAAACCUCUUUGUCUGAUUCCAGUUGUUCCACAUUACGUUAGCAGAAUGAUCUGUAAAAUAAAAGCAUGUGAACAUUGUAGAUAUGUAUGUUUUUUGAAGAUGUGAAUGUGUUCAUGUGCUUUCUCGUCUUCAUUGUUGCAGCUGUAUGCUUGUAUAAUACAAGUCACUGUUAGAUAUAUGAGUGUAUGAAUGCUGGAGCUGUCUCCAUGUCCUUUCAAAGCUAUAUCUAUUUCCUAGUUAUUAUCUUUGGCUUCGUAAGACUAAAUAAAACUUGUCAUUUGUAGUUAGGAUUAUUUCAAUUUAAUGCCUUGUAAUGUCAUUGUUAAAGAAUACUUUACUGAAUAUUGCUAAAACACUUUCUGCAGGUAUAUAGGGACAUCCUAUAUGAUAGUGACUUUUAAAAUUUCCCCAAAUGGUUUCUAUGUAUGUCUUUAAUACCUGAUGUGUGUCAUGAUUUCACAGAGGAUUGACUUAAUACCAGUAUAUCAUCUGCUAACAAUGACCUGUUAUUGGUUGUUUAAAUAAAACUAAGAUAUAUGAGUAUGGUAUAUAUAGUCAUGAUUCUCCGACUUCAGUUAUACCAUUGAUACACCCCUUCAUGACAGCAUUGCAUUUCUGUUUUGACAUUAGGCAUGAAAUUUCUUUCUUGGUAGCACUCUUCACUCUUUCAAAAAAGACUGUCUGCCUGAACUAAUAUUUUAUAAGCCUGAUAAUUAAUAAUCUACAUAAGUGGGACUAACAGAGUCAACAUUGUAUACAUGGUGAUAUUGAGCGGGUCAAAUUAACAACUUGUAUCCAACAUCAAGACAAUGAAACAAUUAUGUUAAUUGCGGUAAAUAAAAAGAAUACUCAUGAAAUAACAUUUGUGGUAAAUUAACAAAACCUUUGUAUGACUAGUAAUGUCAAUAGGCAACUAAACUGGUAUACAUCUAGCCGGAUUACAUUUAAAUGACAAAAAUUGUGUACAGUAUCAGUUCUCAAUGUAACUAGAACAUUUUACAUUGUAUAUUGUGUUUUGUAUUAUACAUAUACAGUUGAAAUAAACGUUUUUGUAAAUAAGCAA